AUGAUCGGUACCAUCAAAGCCGAAACGUACGAAGAUGUUUCCAAUCUUCGAUCAACUUUGCUGACGUCAUACAAUGCUGAUAUGCUCCCAGUAAAUGAUCAGACCAGGAGCUUAAACAUAAAUUUAUCUACGAUGGUGUUUACAAUGCCGGAAGUUGACCCAGUGCUCGGAGCCAUAAAGAUGGGCAUCAUGGUCACACAGGAAUGGUACGAUGAGAGAUUAACAUGGACACCGUCUGAUCAUAACGGAACCAUGGUGUUCUCCAUGAAAGCCGAGAAUAUCUGGACUCCACCUCUAACUGUUUCCAAUCCUGUAACAUUCACAUUACUAGAUACGCCAUGGAUGCAGGCUACAAUCAUGUUCAACGGCAAAGUAAUGUUUACAGUUGGGGGAAUCAUACAGUUCUCGUGUUCGUUUUCUAUGAAGUUCUGGCCAUUUGAUAAACAUAUCUGUACUUUGAAUUUAUUCCCUUACGGGUAUAUGGCCAGCAGAGUAACAUUCUCUGUACCCGGAACCAUCGUUGAUACCGGAAUUUAUUCGGAAAACGGUGAAUGGUAUUUAGAUACGAACUCAUUUGACUACGAAUUAGGAACCGUUUUUGGUAUGAGUGAAAUUGUGUAUAGCUUUAAGAUUGCACGACUCUCGUCAUUCUAUAUGCUAACAGUUAUUCUACCAAUUAAUGGUAUUGGAAUGCUUACAUGUUUGGUAUUUCUUCUUCCCUCCGAGUCCGGUGAACGGGUGAGCUACGCAAUAACAAUUAUGUUAUCCCUUGCCGUGUUUCUGACGGUCACAGCCGAGGAUCUUCCGAAAAAUUCCAAGCCAAUUCCCAUCAUUUGUGUAUACAUUCUGUUUAACUUGAUUAUAUGUAUUCUUGGACUUCUAUUCGUCGUUUUGAACUUGAUUAUUUUCAACAGAACUAAAAAAGUGAAGAUGGCGGAAAUUUACAAAUCUAUUGUAAGAUUUACGAAGAGAAAAUCGUUACGGCGUAAAAUUAGAGUGGAGCCAUUACGUAAAAAUUCUACGGCUAAAAUAAAUGUUAAAAGCAGGGAGCCGGUUAAGGUGUUUGAACAUAGAAGAGCAGACGAAGAUAUUGAAUGGAAAGAUGUCAGUGAUGCGAUUGACAAAAUCCUUUUCGUUCUAUUUGUGGUUGUCACUUACAUUCCGUCCAUUAUAAUUCUUAUAUACACAGUGGCAGCAUCUGAAUAUGUUAGAGGUGAACAAUAA